AUGCUCGGUGCUAGAACUUACUCAAAGAGACUCUUGAACAAGUCUACCUCCCGUGGAUUUGCUUCUGUCUCCAGCAAAUUAACCCCAGACUCAAAGGUCCUCCAAAACUUGGUUGAAGAUUUCUCUUACCUUAACUAUAAACAAAACUUGGAAAAUGUCAAGAUUGUCCAAGAACGUUUGAAGAGACCAUUGACUUACGCUGAAAAGUUGUUAUACGGUCACUUGGACAAGCCUCAUGAACAAGACAUUGAAAGAGGUGUUUCUUACUUGAAAUUGAGACCAGACAGAGUCGCUUGUCAAGAUGCUACCGCCCAAAUGGCCAUUUUGCAAUUCAUGUCUGCUGGCUUGCCACAAGUCGCCACCCCAGUCACUGUUCACUGUGACCAUUUGAUUCAAGCCCAAGUCGGUGGUGCUGCUGAUUUGACCAGAGCCAUCAACUUGAACAAAGAAGUUUACGACUUCUUGGCUUCUGCCUGUGCUAAAUACAACAUUGGUUUCUGGAAGCCAGGUUCCGGUAUUAUCCAUCAAAUUGUUUUGGAAAACUACGCCUUCCCAGGUGCUUUGAUCAUUGGUACCGAUUCCCACACUCCAAACGCUGGUGGUUUGGGUCAAUUGGCUAUUGGUGUCGGUGGUGCUGAUGCCGUCGAUGUCAUGUCUGGUUUGCCAUGGGAAUUGAAGGCUCCAAAGGUCAUGGGUGUUAAGUUGACCGGUAAGAUGAGCGGCUGGGCUUCUCCAAAGGAUAUCAUCUUGAAGUUGGCUGGUAUUACUACCGUCAAGGGUGGUACCGGUAAGAUUGUCGAAUAUUACGGUCCAGGUGUUGAAACCUUCUCUUGUACUGGUAUGGGUACUAUCUGUAACAUGGGUGCCGAAAUCGGUGCUACCACCUCUGUUUUCCCAUUCAACAAGUCCAUGGUUGACUACUUGGAUGCUACCAAGAGAUCCCAAGUUGCUGAAUUUGCCUCCGUUUACAAGGACUCUUUCUUGAGUGCCGAUGAAGGUUGUGAAUAUGAUGAACACCACGAAAUUGACUUGAGCACUUUGGAACCUUACGUCAAUGGUCCAUUCACCCCAGAUCUUGCUACUCCAAUCUCUAAGAUGAAGGAAGUUGCCGCUGCUAACGGCUGGCCAUUCGAAGUCAAGGUUGGUUUGAUUGGUUCUUGUACCAACUCUUCUUACGAAGAUAUGACCAGAUCCGCCUCUAUCAUCAAGGAUGCUGCUAGUCACGGUUUGAAGGCUAAGUCCAUUUUCACCGUCACUCCAGGUUCUGAACAAGUCAGAGCUACCAUUGAAAGAGAUGGUCAAAUCGCCACCUUCAAGGAAUUCGGUGGUGUUGUUUUGGCUAACGCUUGUGGUCCUUGUAUUGGUCAAUGGGACAGAAGAGACAUCAAGAAGGGUGACAAGAACACUAUUGUUUCCUCUUUCAACAGAAACUUCACCUCCAGAAACGACGGUAACCCAGCUACCCACGCUUUUGUUGCUUCUCCAGAAAUGGUUACCGCCUACGCAAUCGCCGGUGACUUGAGAUUCAACCCAAUGACUGACAAAUUGAAGGACAAGGAUGGUAAUGAAUUCUUGUUGCAACCACCAAGUGGUGUUGGCUUGCCACCAAAGGGUUACGAUGCCGGUGAAAACACUUACCAAGCCCCACCAGUUGACAGAGCUUCCGUUGAAGUUGUUGUUUCUCCAACCUCUGACCGUUUGCAAUUAUUGACUCCAUUCAAGAAGUGGGAUGGUAAGGAUGCCAUUGAAAUGCAAAUUUUGAUCAAGGCUAAGGGUAAGGUCACCACUGACCACAUUUCUAUGGCUGGUCCUUGGUUGAAAUACAGAGGUCACUUGCAAAACAUCUCUAACAACUACAUGAUUGGUGCUAUCAACUCCGAAAACGAUAAGGCUAACUGUGUUUUGAACAGAGUUACCGGUGAAUGGGCUGGUGUUCCAGAAGUUGCUGGUUACUACAGAGACCACGGUAUCAAGUGGGUUGUUGUUGGUGCUGAAAACAUGGGUGAAGGUUCUUCUAGAGAACACGCCGCUUUGGAACCAAGAUACUUGGGUGGUUUCGCUAUCAUCACCAAGUCUUUCGCUCGUAUCCACGAAACUAACUUGAAGAAACAAGGUUUGUUGCCAUUGAACUUCGUCAAGCAUGAAGAUUACGACAUGAUCCAACCAGAUGACAAGAUUUCUAUCCUCGGUUUGGAAGGUUUCGCCCCAGGUAAGAACUUGACUUACGAAGUUACCAAGGCUAACGGUGAAAAGUGGACUUCCGAAUUGUCCCACACCUUCAACCAAGAACAAAUCGGUUGGUUCAAGGCCGGUUCUGCUUUGAACAGAAUGGCAGAACUCUCUGGUAAGAAAUAA